CCAGCAAUACUUCUCAUUUGUUGUCGGUUGUGAAAAGUUGUUAAAUGUGCUGUGCGUAUUUUAAUAGUUAGUUGAGAACUGUACAAGUUUUAGCUAAAGGCAGCAGACGCGUGGGGCACGUACAAGUCGAAAAUUGUAGUGCACCGCCUCGUGUAUCGCCUGCAACAUAGAGUUUUGCCGCACUUCGGUUGUCGGCGGCAGCAAGAAAAGGCCACAAAUACUUGGCAAUUUUUUAACCAGUUAUUUCUGUUUGACGUACCCAACCAUUUCCCAUGUUGGCCAAGUCCCAUUCCAUUGCAGCGUUUGUCUGGACGGCAUUUACGCAAUGCGCGGGCGCGCGUUUUGUUUUUUUUUUUCACCGUGGGUACAGUGCGCAUUCAUUAAUAAAAAAUUGUUGAACAGCAGCAUCAGCAGCAUUGGCAUCACAUGCCAACGCACAACCAUCCCCGUUAUUAAGAGGCCAUUAAACAUAUUGGGUGCCAUCUAUCUUAUUUGAUUCAGCUAAAGCACAGCGACAGAAGCAUCAUGGAGAACGGAAACAAGGCCCUGUCCAUCGAACAGAUGUACCAGAAGAAGUCGCAGCUGGAGCACAUCCUGCUGCGACCCGACUCGUACAUCGGAUCCGUGGAGUUCACCAAGGAGCUGAUGUGGGUGUAUGACAACUCCCAAAACCGCAUGGUGCAGAAGGAGAUCUCUUUCGUGCCCGGCCUCUACAAGAUAUUCGACGAGAUUCUUGUGAAUGCGGCAGAUAACAAGCAGCGAGACAAGAGCAUGAACACCAUUAAGAUCGACAUCGAUCCGGAGCGCAAUAUGGUGUCCGUGUGGAACAACGGCCAGGGCAUUCCGGUGACCAUGCACAAGGAGCAGAAGAUGUACGUUCCAACGAUGAUCUUUGGUCAUCUGCUGACCUCGUCGAACUACAACGACGAUGAGAAGAAGGUCACUGGCGGCAGGAACGGAUACGGAGCGAAGCUCUGCAACAUAUUCUCCACCAGCUUCACCGUUGAGACUGCCACGAGGGAAUACAAGAAAAGUUUCAAGCAGACUUGGGGAAACAACAUGGGAAAAGCCUCCGAUGUGCAGAUCAAGGACUUCAAUGGCACUGACUACACACGCAUCACAUUCAGUCCCGAUCUGGCCAAGUUCAAGAUGGACCGUCUCGAUGAAGAUAUUGUGGCUCUAAUGUCGCGUCGCGCCUACGAUGUGGCCGCCUCAUCCAAGGGAGUAUCCGUCUUCUUAAACGGCAACAAACUGGGUGUACGCAACUUCAAGGACUAUAUUGAUUUGCACAUCAAGAACACGGACGACGAUUCUGGCCCACCGAUCAAGAUAGUCCACGAGGUUGCCAACGAGCGUUGGGAGGUGGCUUGCUGUCCUUCAGAUCGAGGCUUCCAACAGGUCUCGUUUGUCAACUCGAUAGCUACCUACAAGGGCGGUCGGCAUGUGGACCAUGUGGUAGACAAUCUCAUUAAGCAGCUGCUCGAGGUUCUGAAGAAAAAGAACAAAGGUGGCAUCAACAUCAAGCCAUUCCAGGUCCGAAACCAUCUGUGGGUUUUUGUCAACUGCUUGAUAGAGAACCCCACUUUCGACUCGCAGACCAAGGAGAACAUGACUCUGCAACAAAAGGGCUUCGGUUCCAAGUGUACCCUCUCGGAAAAGUUCAUCAACAACAUGUCCAAGUCUGGCAUCGUGGAGUCUGUGCUGGCAUGGGCCAAGUUCAAGGCCCAAAAUGACAUUGCCAAGACGGGCGGUCGCAAGUCAAGCAAGAUCAAGGGCAUUCCCAAGCUGGAGGACGCUAACGAGGCGGGUGGAAAGAACUCGAUUAAAUGCACCCUCAUCCUCACCGAGGGAGACUCAGCCAAGUCAUUGGCCGUAUCCGGUUUGGGCGUGAUCGGACGAGAUCUCUACGGCGUGUUCCCGCUUAGGGGUAAACUUCUAAAUGUGCGGGAAGCUAAUUUCAAGCAGCUUUCGGAGAAUGCCGAAAUCAACAAUUUAUGCAAGAUAAUUGGCUUGCAAUACAAAAAGAAGUACCUCACUGAGGACGAUCUAAAAACUCUGCGCUAUGGCAAAGUGAUGAUCAUGACAGAUCAGGAUCAGGAUGGCUCCCACAUCAAGGGUCUCUUGAUCAACUUUAUCCACACCAAUUGGCCAGAGCUUCUGCGUCUGCCCUUCCUCGAGGAGUUCAUUACACCAAUUGUGAAGGCAACCAAGAAAAACGAGGAGCUGUCAUUCUACUCGCUACCCGAAUUCGAGGAGUGGAAAAAUGAUACAGCUAAUCACCAUACGUACAAUAUAAAGUACUAUAAGGGUUUGGGUACUUCGACCUCCAAGGAGGCGAAAGAGUAUUUUCAAGACAUGGAUCGCCAUCGCAUCUUAUUUAAGUACGAUGGAUCGGUGGAUGAUGAGAGCAUUGUUAUGGCCUUCUCCAAGAAGCACAUCGAGUCGCGAAAGGUAUGGCUUACCAACCACAUGGACGAGGUGAAGCGUCGCAAGGAGCUCGGUUUGCCAGAGCGAUAUCUCUACACCAAGGGCACCAAGAGCAUCACCUAUGCAGACUUUAUCAAUCUGGAGUUGGUGCUGUUCUCGAAUGCUGACAAUGAGCGCUCCAUUCCUAGUCUGGUGGAUGGCUUGAAGCCGGGUCAGCGGAAGGUGAUGUUCACUUGCUUCAAGAGGAAUGACAAGCGUGAGGUGAAGGUGGCCCAGCUAUCCGGAUCAGUGGCGGAGAUGUCAGCCUAUCACCACGGAGAGGUAUCCCUACAGAUGACAAUCGUGAAUCUGGCUCAGAAUUUUGUGGGUGCCAACAACAUUAAUCUGCUUGAGCCACGCGGUCAAUUUGGUACCCGCUUGUCGGGAGGCAAAGAUUGCGCCAGCGCUCGUUACAUUUUCACUAUAAUGUCUCCCUUGACGCGACUCAUCUACCAUCCUUUGGACGAUCCACUUUUGGAUUACCAGGUGGACGAUGGCCAAAAGAUCGAGCCACUAUGGUAUCUGCCCAUCAUACCGAUGGUAUUGGUAAACGGAGCCGAGGGCAUAGGAACUGGAUGGUCCACGAAGAUAUCCAACUACAAUCCUCGUGAGAUUAUGAAAAAUCUAAGGAAGAUGAUAAACGGACAAGAGCCAAGUGUGAUGCAUCCGUGGUACAAGAACUUUUUAGGACGCAUGGAGUAUGUUUCGGAUGGUCGUUAUAUUCAGACUGGUAACAUUCAAAUUUUGUCCGGAAACCGUUUAGAAAUCAGUGAACUCCCUGUGGGCGUAUGGACGCAAAACUACAAGGAAAAUGUCCUGGAGCCUUUAUCAAACGGCACCGAAAAGGUUAAGGGUAUUAUUUCCGAGUACAGGGAGUAUCAUACAGACACCACCGUUCGCUUUGUGAUCAGUUUCGCACCUGGAGAAUUUGAGCGCAUUCAUGCAGAAGAAGGUGGUUUCUACCGAGUGUUCAAACUUACCACGACGCUGUCCACCAACCAGAUGCAUGCGUUCGACCAGAACAACUGUCUGCGACGCUUCCCCACCGCGAUCGAUAUCCUUAAAGAGUAUUACAAACUGCGACGAGAGUACUACGCCCGCCGGAGGGACUUUUUGGUCGGCCAGCUCACGGCGCAGGCUGAUCGCCUCAGUGAUCAGGCGCGCUUUAUUCUCGAAAAGUGUGAGAAGAAGCUGGUGGUGGAGAACAAGCAGCGCAAGGCCAUGUGUGAUGAGUUGUUGAAGCGUGGAUAUCGUCCCGAUCCCGUCAAGGAGUGGCAGCGCCGCAUUAAAAUGGAGGAUGCCGAGCAAGCUGACGAAGAGGACGAAGAAGAAGAGGAGGCAGCUCCCAGUGUCAGCUCAAAGGCUAAGAAGGAAAAGGAAGUCGAUCCGGAAAAGGCCUUUAAGAAACUAACUGAUGUCAAAAAGUUUGACUACCUUCUGGGUAUGUCCAUGUGGAUGUUGACAGAGGAGAAGAAAAACGAGCUACUCAAACAGCGCGACACUAAACUGUCCGAGUUGGAAAGUCUGCGCAAGAAGACGCCGGAGAUGCUUUGGCUGGAUGAUUUGGAUGCCCUCGAAUCGAAGUUAAAUGAAGUAGAGGAGAAGGAGCGCGCAGAAGAGCAGGGGAUCAAUCUCAAGACCGCGAAGGCUUUGAAGGGCCAGAAGUCGGCCUCAGCUAAGGGCAGAAAGGUUAAGUCAAUGGGAGGCGGAGCGGGUGCCGGAGACGUAUUCCCAGAUCCCGAUGGAGAACCCGUCGAGUUUAAGAUCACCGAAGAAAUCAUUAAGAAAAUGGCAGCGGCUGCCAAGGUAGCUCAGGCGGCUAAGGAGCCGAAGAAACCCAAAGAGCCCAAGGAGCCAAAAGUGAAGAAGGAACCGAAGGGCAAGCAGAUUAAAGCCGAACCUGAUGCCAGCGGCGAUGAGGUGGACGAAUUUGAUGCAAUGGUCGAGGGCGGCUCUAAGACCUCACCCAAGGCCAAGAAGGCGGUUGUCAAGAAGGAGCCGGGAGAAAAAAAGCCGCGCCAAAAGAAGGAGAACGGCGGCGGGCUCAAGCAGAGCAAGAUUGACUUCAGCAAGGCCAAGGCGAAAAAGAGCGACGAUGACGUGGAGGAAGUAACUCCUCGUGCAGAGCGUCCUGGACGUCGACAGGCCAGUAAGAAGAUAGACUACAGCUCGCUCUUCUCGGAUGAGGAGGAAGACGGUGGCAACGUUGGCUCUGAUGAUGAUGGCAAUGCCAGCGAUGAUGAUUCGCCCAAGCGUCCAGCUAAGCGUGGACGAGAGGAUGAGAGCAGUGGAGGAGCCAAAAAGAAAGCUCCGCCCAAGAAGAGGCGAGCUGUAAUUGAAAGCGAUGAUGAUGAUAUCGAGAUUGAUGAAGAUGAUGAUGAUGAUUCUGAUUUUAAUUGUUAAGGAACACAUUUCCACACAGGAUAUUGAUAGAAGAUGGACUCUUAGAAUCAGCAUUAUCCGCAUCGAGAAUCUCGAGGAGGCACUUUUUUUUGCGGACUUGCUCGCCACGAUCGUUCGUUAUUUUAUAAUCUUUCAAUGUUCUCCUCGAUGUUAACGUCAAUGUUUUAUAAUUCGUGUUUUUAUUAACUAUAGAUAAACACUUCGCUACAUUCGUUCACUGUAGCUGAUUCUGUUCCAGAGCAGCAAGAAAGCCACCAAGAGGAAUUUACAAACGUAAUAUCGAUGUAUUAACAUGUUCCAUAAAGAUAGUUUGUAGUCUCAUACGAGUUUUCUUCAUGUAAAUAAAUCACUUUUGCCGAAUGGCUAAUACAUU